UCCAGAUUCCACCUUUGCCCCUAGGAACCCCACCCAGUCCUGUCAGGUGUGGGACAUCCUGCCUUUCAGACUGCCACGUCCAAGAGACAAGCUCCUUUUUCUCUCCUGAGGCUGUGUUGGUGCUGUAGCUGAUGGGUUUGCACAGAAAAGGGAAAAUCACUGUGUUUAAAGUGUUUCUUUCCUGGCUCAGUCCCUGCCUCAGGGGCCCUGGCGCUCCUACAACUGAAUUUUCUUUUCCUUUAAUGUAGCCUGCAAAAACAAUCAUUUUCUGAUUAGGGAAGAAGCCCAAGCAAAUCCCUGUUUCUUUCUUAUUCCUCACAUAGUUCCAUCCAAGUGACGGGCUUGUUUUCAAAACAACAAAGAAGACAUUCGGAUAAAAAAAAAAAAAAAAAAAAAAAAAAAAGCCCAGAAAACGAAAGUAAGAGUUGUUUACUUCCUUUAAGAGCCCACAAAGAGCUGCAGGGCGCAGGGCUCCUGAGGAGAGGAAAGAGGCAAAUAUGGACUUUCUGAGAGGGGUGACUUUCCAGGGCUGCACCUGAACUCUAUCCAGAGGAGACCCUGCUCAAGGGGAGAAAUCAGACAUUCCUGGGAAGGAGAAGGGCUAUCCUAAGAAAAUGGGCAGCAGGGACUGAUGGAGCCUUUUCCAGAACAUCUCCACGGUCGGGGCAGCUCCUGGAAAGGGCUCCUGAUCACAGCCUCCAUCCUCCGUUGCUGGAUGCCACCUACGUCUGCUAAAGGGGCUCCUGUUAGGAUUGUGCCACGCCCCCCAUAUGGGACGGUGGGCAGCAACAUCACCUUGACCAUCGAGGGGUUCUCCAAGCAGGCCCUCAGCUAUAAUUGGUACAGAAGGACAACCGAGAACUCGAACAGGAUCGUCAGCUACAGCGUCCUUACAGGAGUGCAGACACCAGCCGAAAUCCGGGAGAGGGUGCAGCCUGAUGGCUUCCUCUUCAUCCCUGUCCUCACCCUCAGGGACACCGACCUCUACAUUGUACAAAUUGUGGAUGCCAGAGGAGUGAUCGCUGCAAUAGUAAGAGGAAAAUUAGGAGUGUAUGAGAAAGUGGCCAAACCUAACAUUACUGUCAACAGCACCAAUGUUGGAGAGAAUGACUCUGUGUUCUUUACAUGUAGCACAGAGAAGGAAGGGGUAAACAUUUGGUGGCUCGCCAAUAAUCAGCCCCUGUCACUCAAUGAAAGAAUGAAUAUGACUCACAAUAACCAGACCCUCGUUAUCAUGAGUGCAAAGAGGACAGAUGCUGGGUCCUAUCAAUGUGAAGCCGCGAAUCCAAUUAGUUCCAAUAGAAGUGACUCCCAAAUCCUGACUGUGAACUAUGGACCAGACCAUAUUGAGAUUCUUCCCAGCCCUGAAAAUGGGGAGAUUGAGGUCCAAUUCAAUACUUCAUUUACUCUAGAGUGUAGGGCACUGUCUUACUCAUCUGUUCAUUAUGAAUGGCAUGAUAUUAAUGGGUCUGUACACUCAGAAAGUACUUUCAGUAUCACCCCUACAUCUUGGGAACGUAAGAAGUAUACAUGCUGGGCAAGGAACAAUGUAACCAACUCAUCGAUCUCUAAAGACAUCACAAUCAAGGUGGUUGAAAUUAAGUUUCCUAAAGUGGCCAGGACCAGAAUUAUGAGUAUAAUCCUCAUUGGAAUGGCUGCGAUUUUGGUCCUCAUCGUUAUCCUGGUUUUCAAAAGGAUCAAAAGAAUAAUCAAGGAUUCAAUGCCUUCAAAUGCCAGAGACCACCGGUCACAGGUUUCCUCAAGCCCCAAGUUGCUAGUUUCUCGGUUUAGCUCUACCAUCCUCAGGGAAGGAAAAGGAGGGGAGAGAGAUUCCCUUUCACCUCCCAAGGCUGCCCAGACAAGCCCCUGCCCUCCACUGACCCCACCCAUUCAGGAGGAGGAGGAGAGAGAGCAGAGACAGAGUGGGGCUUUCUGGCAGAGACAACCCUUGAGCCUCAUCCCCAGGAGAAGCACUUCCAGGGUCUGCCCUUGGGCUCUGCCCUGGGGAGACACAGCUCAAAAAGGGAAAGUGGACAUUCCUGGGAAGGAGAGAAGGGGUCACAUGCAGCGGGCAGCACAGUCUGAUGGAGCAUCCCUCAAAGCCUCUCCACACUGGGGACAGCCCUUAAAGAGGCUUCUGAUGGCAGUCUCCAUCCUGAGCUGCUGGAUUAAGUCAACAUCUGUCAAAGGUGCUCCUGUCAGCGUUGUGCCAAGUCCGCCCUAUGGGAGAUUGGGAAGCAAUGUCACCUUGACCAUCCAUGGAUUCUCAGAGCAGGCCCUCAGCUAUAAUUGGUACAGAAAGACAACGGAGGACUCCAACAGGAUCAUUAGCUACAGUGUUCCUUCUGGAAUGCAGAUACCAGCAGGCAUCCGGGAGAAGGUAUACCCCAAUGGCUUUUUGCUCAUUCCCAACCUCACCCUCAGUGACACUGAGCUCUACAUUGUACAAAUUGUUGAUUCCAGAGGUGUGAUAGCUGUAAUAGCACGAGGACAACUGGGAGUGUACGACAAAGUUGCCAAACCUAACAUUGCUGUCAACAGCACCAACAACAGAGAGAAUGACUCUGUGUUCUUUACAUGUAGCACAGAAAACAAGGAAGAAAACAUUCUGUGGUUCUCCAAUAACCAGCCCCUGUCCCUCAGUGAGAGAAUGAGCUUGUCCAGAAAUAACCAGACUCUCACCAUCCUGAGUGUGAAGAGGGAAGAUACUGGAUCCUAUCAAUGUCAAGCCUCGAAUCCAAUCAGUUCCAAUAGAAGUGACCCCCUCACUCUGACCGUGAUCUAUGGACCAAGCCACAUCCAGAUAUUUCCAAGGCCUGAGAGUGGGGAGAUUAAGGUCCAACUCAAUGACCCACUGACAUUAGAGUGUCAGGCACUAUCUUACCCGGCUGCUCAGUAUGAAUGGCAUGUCAAUGGCACUUCUGGGUCUGUAUAUUCAGGAAGAAGUUAUAUCAUCCCCUCUGCAUCUUGGGAACAUUCGGGAAAGUAUACAUGUUGGACAAGGAACAAUGUGACCAACUUGUCAAUCUCUAAGGACAUUAUUAUAAAUGUAAUUGGUAAGUCUCCAAGAGGGGCCAUCGUUGGCAUUGUGAGUGGAGUCCUAGCUGGAUUGGUUCUCACUGCUUCCCUCAUCUAUGUCUUGUUCUUCAGGAAGACUAGUCAGUCCUGCUCUGAUGGCUCACCUAAUGGGACUGAGGAAGUAUCCUAUGCCUCCAUAAUCUUCAAUACCCAGAAAUCAUGUGUCCUGCCUCGGUCUCCAAUGUCUAUUGACACCAUUUAUUCUGAAAUAAAAAAGAAAUAACACAGUCCUUUCUUUUAACUGCACGGAGGAUUUAUUUAUUCUGAUCUUCCCCCAGCUCACUUGAGCUUGGGUUGCCAGCCUUCCAGCCCAGCUCUACCAUACUCCCAUCAACCCUAGGAAGAAAGAGGAAGAGAGAGGACCUUCCUUUUACUCUCCACCAAGGUUACUCAGCCAAGUCCCUCCUCUCCAUGGUCAAUAAAUGAUAAGGACACAGUGGUUCCUCUCAGAAACUCAUCUUCUCUGCCUCUUUGAAAGUUGACGCCUGGGAGAUGAUAGCCACGAAAACAUCUCAUUCCUGGCAUUUUCCAAUCACUCACCUGUGUCUUCCCUUCUCUGCUAAAAGCCCAUUCAUUUUUCCUGUCCCUAGCUCAGGCAGUUAAGAUAAAGUGAGCUGGGACUGUUACUCUUGACCAUAUUGGUUGUUGUCUUUCCUACUUGAAGAGAACCAAAAUGAUAUCACUGAUGUUCUUUUUUUUUUUUUUUUAAAUUUUUUAAAAAUAAAAACCCUU